GUAAACAUGAAGGUUCGGGUGAAACCUAAGCACGAGGCAGGAGCAGCUGUCAAUUAUAUCUCGCGAAGGGAAGCUUUGAAGAAGCUGCAAUUGUCUUUGAAAGACUUUAGACGCCUUUGCAUCCUUAAGGGCAUUUAUCCUCACGAGCCUGCACAUAAGAAGAAGGUAAACAAAGGAUCGACUGAGAAUCGUGUGUGGUACUACAGAAAAGACAUCAAUUUUCUGGCGCAUGAACCGAUCAUAAACAAGUUCAGAGAGCAUAAAGUCUUUUUGAGGAGGUUGAACCACUACAAGGCAAAGAAAAACGAGUCUAAAGUGGAAAAAUUAUAUGCGAAUAAGCCAGAAUACAACCUCGACAGAGUUGUCAAAGAACGGUAUCCCACUUUUGGUUCUGCUAUUCGCGAUCUCGAUGAUGCUUUGUGUCUCUGUUUCGCUUUUGCUACGUUGCCGCAUACUCGUAUUCUCAAAGAGGGACUCAUCGACAGCUGUCGACGACUCACAGCGGAGUUCAUGCAUUAUGUGAUAGAAGCGCAUGCCCUCAGGAAUACUUUUAUCUCGAUAAAGGUCACAUUCGCGGAAUUCUAUGUUGCAAUGCUGGGAUUUGUGAACUUCCGUUUGUACCAAAUGAUAGGGUUGUAUUACCCACCUCAGAUCCAAACUGGCCAAAAUGCUGUUGCUGCAGAUACCACAAAUGAGGAAGAUGUUAUGGAGAAAGUUUACAGUCUUGCGAGACCGUUGGCGAAAAAGGCUGAUGCGGACAAUGACAAGGAAGAAGAGAUUAUUUGUCGCCCCAGCUAUGAAGACGACGAAAAUUUUGAAAUGUUUGGAGAUGAUGAUAACGCUUUAGCCGAGAAAGUGAAGGAGGCAAAAUCCAUAAAAACGCUUUUCAAAGGAUUAGUUUUCUUUUUGAACCGCGAAACCCCUAAGGAAGCUCUGACGCUCAUCAUUAGGAAUUGUGGAGGAGUUGUAGGAUGGAGUGGCGGACCAACUAAUUUGGAGGAAUCAAGCCCGAAAAUCACGCAUCAUGUUGUCGACAGACCAAUGACGAAAUUUGACGUUAGUAGGAGGUAUAUACAGCCUCAAUGGGUUUUUGAUUCUCUGAAUGCUCGACGUAGAUUGCCAUGUGAAAAGUACAUGCCAGGUGUGCAGUUACCUCCACAUUUUUCACCGUUUACUAGCGAAAAGCCAGGAGACUAUGUACCGAUGGAGCGGUUAGAAGAAUUGAGAAGCCUUGGCCAGGAUGUUUCUGCUCUUGUGUCAAGCGAGCCAGCCUUACCUUCCACUUCCAAGCCUAAGAAGGUCAAGAAGCCACAGCAGGAAGAGGAGAAAGGAAUGCGCGUUACACUUGGAAAGAUGCAUACCAAGAAUAAGCAGCUUGAAAUCAAUCAACAGCAUUCUGAUGUGAAGAUGCGCGAAAUGAUGAUGAAGAAGAAACACAAACGAGUUUACCAUAGUAUACGUCAAAAGAUGAAGAAGGAUAAAAGCGGAGCGUUGAAGUUGAAAGAAAAGCGUGCGAAAUUACAAGAUGGACCAUCAGUCGCUGAGUCAAAAACAUGA